AUGGCUCGUCAGCACCGGAAGAAGGCGCGUGCACACGGCGUGGCGGCGCGCUCCAAGGCCUCCUCGAGCCAGCAGAAGCAGCAGCCGCAGGCGCCCGCGGACUCUCUCAGCGCCGCCGCCAGCUUGAGCCGCGGCCAGCGCAAGCGCCUGAAGCGCCGCGCCGCCUUCAUGCGCAAGAUGGGCAUGGUGGCCAAGGUGGCCCAGGAGCAGCAGACGCAGGCCAAGAAGAGCGAGAGCGGCGUGUUCGCCGACCUGGAGGAGCUGCAGAGCUCGCUGUUCCAGGAGGACGACGACCAGAAGAAGAAGACGAAGAACAAGGCCCAGACCAAGAAGAAGGCCCUGAGCGGCCGCCAGCGCCAGAAGCUGGCGGUGCGUGAGCUGGGCCAGCUCAAGGCCGUGCAGACCCACUCGAGCUUCAAGAGCGACCCGUUCGCGGCCAUCCAGGCCCACCUGCAGAACACGGUGGUGCAGGCGAACCAGGAGCUGCUGAACAAGACCAACGCCGCCUCGGCCAAGAGGGCGGGCGGCAACAACAAGAUGGACGUCGAAGCUUGA